CUUUUCCCGGUCCCCAGCGGCCGGCGACGGGACCGGCGGCUAGUGGCCCAGCGGGUGCUGGUUUGUUGGUGUGCAGAUCGCGGUGGGAAAGAGGAGCGGAAUAAAGGAGAAGCAAUGCAGAAAUCAGAGUGCCAUAGGGGUGUACAGAUGAGAAACAGACUUACAGAUAACUGUGAUCAAAGGACAUCAUCAAGUGCACAAGUAAAACAUGGGACUAGAGUUCAACAAAGCAAAUCUUCAUCAUCAACCAGUUCUCCAGAAUCUGCAAGAAAACUUCAUCCUCGACCAAGUGAUAAACUUAACCCUAAAACAAUUAACCCGUUUGGUGAACAGUCACGAGCCCCUUCUGCCUUUGCAGCUAUUUACUCUAAGGGAGGUAUUCCUUGCAGGUUGGUCCAUGGUUCAGUAAAACACAGGUUACAGUGGGAAUGUCCUCCUGAAAAGCUUCCGUUCGAUCCUCUUCUUAUUACUUUAGCUGAGGGUCUGAGAGAGACUAAACAUCCAUAUACCUUUGUGUCAAAGGAGGGUUUUAGAGAAUUACUUUUGGUCACAGGCGCUCUUGAGAAAGCUGUGCCUUUGCUUCCUAGACUGAUUCCUGUGCUGAAGGCAGCUCUGGGCCAGAUGAUUCCUUACUGGAAGAUACCUUUAGAAGAUGUACUGAAGGUCCAUGUGGAUGAUGAAGUGUUUGAAAGAGGAUUGAAUGCUCUGGUACAGUUAAGUGUCGUCGUUGGUCCUUCUCUAAACGACCAUCUGAAACAUCUGCUUACCAGUGUAAGUGCUGGAAAGAUUGGAGAGGGCUUGUGUCUUUCUAAGAGAUUAAGGGACAAGAAAUUCAAAGAACCAAUCACCACUGCGUUACAGAAGCUGGAGCAGCAUGGCGGAAGUGGAAGCCUUAUCAUCAUCAAAUCUAAAAUUCCGACAUACUGCUCCAUAUGCUGUUGAAGAAAGGAGCCUGAAUGACAGGUGUUAAACGCUGACCAUGGGUGUCUGCAAAACCUGUUCAGAGUCACUUCAGUUUAUUCUUUUGUAAAUCACAGCCAUCCUUCAUUAUUACUGGCCUUGGAUGGGUAUAUACACAGGUCCACCGAAUCAUAGUACAAGCUAUUCAUCAAAAAGAAAGAAUGGUUAAUAAUGGAAAAAUAUUAAAAAUGUUCCAUA